AUUUUCGGCAAACAACCACCAACAUUGCAACCUCGUCAUCAGCAAACAGUCUCAUUCUGUCUACUGCGACACGCCACCGAUCGUGAAUAGGUAUCAUUAGGCUUGAUCCAGGAUACGCCUCAGGUUUCGCGCAGCGUUAGACGCUGUGAAGAUGUCGAGUAGACGUGGAGGUCGAGGCGGAGGCGAUAGGCGCAGGGAGCUUCCACGGGAUGUCCAAGUGUCGAAGAAGCUCAGUUGGCUUUUGAGACAUGGAGCACAACAAGAAAAAUUGACACUAGGGGAUGGGGGCUAUGUCAGCGUCGCGGAUGUGCUUCGAACACAAUGCAUAAAAGGCCUCAAAGUCACAUUUGACGAAAUAAAAACAAUCGUCGCCGACAACGACAAGCAAAGAUUCUCUCUCAUCCCCGCAGCUGCAGCCUCUUCCGGCAAUGCUGGAGAAUCUGCCACCGAAACCAUCGCCGAGCCGGAAGGGCUAGAUUCUGAAGACCCCAGCUGCUUCUUGAUCCGGGCUAAUCAAGGCCAUUCCAUUAAAGUGGACUCCGAGGGCCUUCUCACUCCCAUCACUGCGGAAGAUGCCCCGGGGAUUGUCAUCCACGGGACGACCAAUGCAGCAUGGCCACUGAUCCUGAAGACGGGCGGUCUGAGAAGGAUGGGUAGAAAUCACAUCCACUUUGCUCCAGGGCUACCGGCGGGUCUCAAGCCAGUUGAGCCAGUUACCAAGGACAGCAACGAAGCCGCGCAGACUGAAGCAGAGACAAAGCCUCUUGUCAUAUCAGGCAUGCGACAUUCCUCGACCAUUCUCAUCUACAUCGAUAUCACGAAGGCAUUGGAGGCUGGUAUUAAGUUCUGGAAGAGCGAUAACGGAGUCAUACUCACUGAGGGUGACGACAAAGGAUUCGUGGGCUAUCAGUUCUUCAAGAGUGUUGAGGUACGGAAUGGGGGCGGAGAGGUGCUAAUGAGAGAUGGCGUUUUACCCGAGGGAGUCGUAGUGGAUCUCAGCGCAGCAGAUGAUGAGGUUCCUGGUGGACGUGGGAAAGGAAAGAAGCGAGGCGGGGGUGGAGGGAGGGGUGGGAAGGGAAGAGGCAAGGCGACGGUCGUCGAUGACAGUGAAGAUGUGUGGGCGGGUGUCUGAUUGUUGCUGGUGAAGCAACAAUAGACUUCUUGUGAGACGUAGAGCAUAUUCUUGAGUUGCAUGGAAUGGAGUCGUGCUGGGGUCCGUCUUCCAGAAUACACGGACUAGCAUGAGUAGCUUUCUAACUCGGUCAACCAACGAUGAGCAUAGAGCACAAUAAUGUUACUAGUCUUCGAUUAUGGUAACACCCCGUU